UUUGCAAUUUAUUCCCAAUUUUGGAAAGUAAUCAGAUUAUAUUUGUAGUUCACAGAGCUCUUUCUCAUAACCACAAACAUUGCCUUCCAGAUACUUUCAUCAUGUCCAUGCAAAAAUCUAUCUCUAUGUAUCUCAGAUCAGUAUAGUAGUUGGAUUAUGCUCUCUUACUCCAGAAAAGAUAAAUCCUUUGCCAAUUUUUGCAUACCCUCUAAGCCAAGCAACUCUGUUUCUCCUUGAAAUUUCAUAUUGAAAGUAUCAAAUAAACAAAACUGGUUUCUUGAUGGGUAGAAGAAGAUUGCAAGUGAUUGAACAUGCGAGUGAAGACUCUGUGUUGUUCUCUUCUGGGAUCAAGAUUCAAUGGAGUUUUCUAGAGAACGCUUCUCGUGGCUUAUUUGCAAGUAUUGGUCAAAUGGCAAUGGGAAUGGGAUUUGGUAUUUCACCAAAUCCUCAGAAUCUUAGGAUGGACAGCACCACAAAACUUCUGAGUUCCACACACAUGAGAUAUGUGCCUAUGCCGAUUGUGAGCAUCGGUGGAGUUGAAGAGUUGGUGAUGGAAGAAGUACUAGGGAUUGAAGAAGAAGCAGAUGUUGUGAGCAUGAACAAGAUGAAUAACAGAAGAGAUGGUUUUGGAAUGAAAAUCAAGAUUGCUAAUGCAUCACUAAGAAGGUUGCUGAGUGGAGCAAUAGCAGGUGUUGUGUCAAGGACAGCAGUUGCACCAUUGGAGACCAUAAGGACCAACUUAAUGGUGGGGAGCUGUGGCAACUCAUCCAGUGCGGUAUUUCAAUCCAUCAUGGGAGCUGAUGGAUGGCAAGGCUUGUAUAGGGGCAAUUUGGUCAAUGUCAUUCGCGUUGCCCCAAGCAAGGGUAUUGAGUUAUUUGUCUUUGAUAUGGUGAACAAGUACUUGAGCAGACCUGGGGAAGAGCUGAAAAUCCCUAUUCCUGCUUCAUCAAUCGCAGGCGCCCUUGCUGGAUUUAGCUCAACCUUGUGUACAUACCCUCUCGAGCUGUUAAAAACACGAUUAACUGUUCAGAGAGGAGUGUACAAGAACUUUUUCGAUGCAUUUUCCAAAAUUGUUAAAGAGGGAGGACCUGCAGAGCUAUAUAGAGGCCUUACACCAAGUCUAAUAGGAGUAAUCCCAUAUGCUGCAACCAACUAUUUCGCUUAUGAUACACUCUCGAAAGCUUACAAGAAGGCUUUUAAAAAGGAGGAAAUCGAAAAUGUAAUGACUCUGUUGAUUGGCUCAGCAGCUGCUGCAUUUUCAAGCAGCGCAACUUUCCCACUUGAGGUGGCUCGGAAGCAAAUGCAGGUCAAUGGGAGACAAUACAAGCACAUAUUUCAUGCUCUCUGUAGCAUUUUUGAAAGUGAAGGAGUCGCUGGUUUGUACAGAGGGUUAGGGCCAAGCUGCAUGAAAUUGGUCCCUGCUGCUGGGAUAUCCUUCAUGUGCUACGAAGCAUGCAAGAGGAUACUCACUGAGAACGAGAAUAGGAAGAAAACUAAGACUUGUUGAAAGACAAAAGAAUUUGCAAUUUUGAAUGGCGUUUAGUUCAUCAAGCAAGAUCUAAUCCCACCCACCAGCAACAAUAUUUUCAUAAUUUCCAAAGCUCGAUGAACCAGCAGUACCAGCAGCAUCAGUUUCACCGCCAUAAGUACCAUUGUAGGAAGCAGUACCAGCAGCAU